CUGCAUCUUUACAAAAUUUUGAUUUCGUUGGCAAUCCCAUAACUGUAAUACCAUCGUUUGGUUUCCGACAUCUUCCGAACAUCCAGGUUAUUGAGAUUCGGGACAGUACUCUUUCUACGCUAGCUGACUAUGCAUUUUUCGGAUUAACAAAAGUAACAAUUAUAGACUUUAUGGACGAUCAAAUUUCGUCAAAGAUUACUAAUUAUACAUUAGAUGGACUUACAGCAUUAAAAACAAUAUACCUUGCCGACAAUAAGAUAAGUAAAAUAGAGACAGGAGCAUUUCAUUCCUUGACCAACAUACAAGAUCUAUGGUUGAGUGAUAACAAGCUUAGUACCCUCGACCCUGGGGUCCUCGAUACCAAAUUUAUGCCACGUUUGUCUUCAGUAUUCAUGGAUUUUAAUCCAUGGAUUUGUGACUGUCACCUGAAAUGGCUGAGGGAGAAGAUGGACAAUGCAACAUACACUAUAAUGUAUCCACAUAUUAUUGUUUGCAGUGGACCACCCAAAGUUGCAGGAAAGGCAUGGGAUGUCUUGAAACCCGAUGACUUUGUAUGCGAAAAUUGGUUAUAUCAACUAAAAAAUCUUCAACUUUAUGGAAACCAAUUGAAUGAAAACAGUAUAGAAAAAAGUACCUUGAAUAUAUCUACUAUAGAGACUCUCGAUUUGUCAUCGAACUUGUUCACGUCAAUACCACGAGAACUCCCGCCUAAUUUGUUGAGACUGACCAUCUUCUAUAAUUCUAUAACCAGUCUAAAAGCAAACGAUUUCGUGAAUGCUACGUCCAUCAUUUAUUUGUAUGUAAAUGACAACCACAUAUCGUUUAUUGAGGAACAUGCAUUCGAUCCUUUAUCCAGUGUUAUAGAAAUAAGCUUGAGUGGAAAUAAGUUACUAGAUGGCAGCAUUAGUAGAAGCAUAUUUAUGAAAAAUAUCAAGCUGACACAUUUAGAUCUAAGUAUCAACAUGCUUAGAACCCUCCCAGACAUGUCAUAUUUUCCCUCUUCGUUGACUAUGCUUAGUAUCCUUGGAAACAAUAUUACCGUUAUUCCAUUAAACGCUUUCAAGCGGCUAAAAAAUCUCACACACCUGUUAUUAUGGGAAGGUGCUUACACAAAAUUAGAGGAUAACGCAUUUAAUGGAUUGGACAAUCUGUACGAAUUAGACAUCGCAGAUGACAACGUGUCAAUAAUAACAAAUAUGACAUUCAACGGUCUUGAUUCAUUGAGGACAUUAUGGUUGUCGGGUAAUAAUAUCAGCAAAAUUCAAAAUGGAACAUUUAAUUCGUUAAAAAACCUCAAAAUAUUUUGGUUAGACUUCAAUAAACUUGUGUCAUUGGAACCUGGUGUGCUAGAUACACAGUUUCUACCACAUCUGGUAGCUGUGUCUAUCACCGGUAACCCAUGGAUGUGUGACUGCCACCUGAAAUGGUUACGUGAAAUUCUGGACAAAGGUCCAUUUAGAAUCCCAGAUCCACAUCUUGUUACGUGUGAUGGACCUGCUAAGUUAGCUGGAAAGGCCUGGGACGAUAUUAAACCUAGCGACUUUGUUUGCAAAUAGACUGAAACUGUUGAUUAAAAAUCGUAUUUUGAUUAAAAGUAUAUAGAGAUGUGAUUAAUAGUAUACUGCAUUGUAAUUUUGAAGGUUAAUACACCUGACUGUUGAAAUUUUACUUAAUAGGUGUU